GGGCUGCGCUGGGGCGUGCGGAGUCCCGCCCCGCCGCCCCUCAAGCGCCCCCAGCUUCGCUUCUGGCCGGAACCUGCGCCCCGAACCAGGAAGCACUUGGCGGCGGGCGCGGGAUGGCUGGGACCGGCUGGGGUCUCCCUCGGCUGGACGGUUUCAUCCUUACCGAGCGCCUGGGCAGUGGCACGUACGCCACGGUGUACAAGGCCUACGCCAAGAAGGAUACUCGGGAAGUGGUAGCCAUAAAAUGCGUGGCCAAGAAAAGUCUCAACAAGGCCUCGGUGGAAAACCUCCUGACUGAGAUUGAGAUCCUUAAGGGCAUUCGACACCCCCAUAUCGUGCAGCUGAAAGACUUCCAGUGGGACAGUGACAAUAUCUACCUCAUCAUGGAGUUCUGCGCCGGGGGUGACCUGUCUCGCUUCAUCCAUGCUCGCAGGAUCCUGCCUGAGAAGGUGGCUCGUGUUUUCAUGCAGCAGCUGGCUAGUGCCCUGCAGUUUCUGCAUGAACGAAACAUCUCUCACCUGGAUCUGAAGCCACAGAACAUCCUGCUGAGCUCUUUGGAGAAGCCCCACCUGAAACUGGCAGACUUUGGCUUUGCCCAGCACAUGUCCCCAUGGGAUGAGAAACAUGUGCUUCGUGGCUCCCCACUCUAUAUGGCUCCUGAGAUGGUGUGCCAGCGGCAGUAUGACGCGCGUGUGGACCUCUGGUCUGUGGGGGUCAUCCUGUAUGAAGCCCUGUUUGGGCAGCCCCCCUUUGCCUCCAGAUCGUUCUCAGAGCUAGAAGAAAAGAUUCGCAGCAAUCGGGUUAUUGAGCUCCCCCUUCGGCCCCAACUCUCCCUACACUGCCGUGACCUUCUGCAGCGACUUCUAGAGCGGGACCCAAGCCGGCGAAUCUCCUUCCAGGACUUCUUUGCCCACCCUUGGGUGGACCUGGAGCACAUGCCCAGUGGGGAGAGCCUGGCGCAAGCAACAGCCCUUGUAGUGGAGGCUGUGAAGAAGGACCAGGAGGGGGACGCUGCUGCAGCCCUGUCACUCUACUGCAAGGCUCUGGACUUCUUUGUGCCUGCCCUGCACUAUGAAGUGGAUGCCCAGAGGAAAGAGACAAUUAAGGCAAAGGUGGGGCAGUAUGUGUCCCGGGCAGAGGAGCUCAAAGCCAUUGUCUCUUCCUCCAAUCAGGCUCUGCUAAGUCAGGGCACGUCUGUCCAGGAGCUGCUGCGGGAGAUGGCCCGGGACAAGCCACGCCUCCUAGCUGCCCUGGAAGUGGCCUCAGCUGCUAUGGCCAAGGAGGAGGAAGCUGGCAAGGAGCAAGAUGCCCUGGACCUGUACCAGCACAGCCUCGGAGAGCUGCUACUGCUCUUGGCAGCAGAGGCCCCAGGCCGAAGGCGGGAGCUUCUUCACACUGAGGUUCAGACCCUAAUGGCUCGAGCAGAAUACUUGAAAGAGCAGAUCAAGAUAAGGGAAUCUCACUGGGAAGCAGACACUCUGGACAAAGAGGGGCUGUCGGAGUCUGUUCGUAGCUCUUGCACACUGCAGUGACACCAGAAGAACCAGUGGAUGGGACACAAGCCUAGAGGGAAGCUACGUACCAACGCCGGUUAACACGUCUGCACCUGGGGCCUUCCUAGGUGAAUACCUCCAACAUGCCUACAUCCUAGCUCCCAGUAUUCUUCUGAAUGUUCUCCACCCCUGGAGCAGCUGCCGGUCCAUGUACUGUGCCGGGUGUAAUAAGUUCUGGGAGAAUUGCUUUAAUUCAGGACUUUGUUCUUGGGUGACUGCUGCCCGAAGUCUGUUGGCUUCAGGACAUCAUCCCAGUGUGUGUAUUGCUCUGCAAAGAGGGAGUCAUGCCUCUUCAGCGUACUUCUAUUUCCCUGCUGCCAGGCAGCUGCUGCACCUGGGCCAAUCCUCCCUGGAAGCCUGUAUUCCAACCCUACUCCCUCCUUGCACUGGAAUGGGACACUCCAGUGCCCCUCAGGGACUACCUGCCCUACAGUAUGCACUCAGUUCUGCAGCUUCCCCAGACUUCUGGGAGCUCCCGCCUGCUGUCCUUCUCAGCACUUCAACAAUCCUUCAUGCAUGAAACUCACGUCCUCUGUAGGGUGAGGCACAUGUGAAAUUCCAGGCCUGUCCGUGCCUUGGCAUGGGGGAGGGUCCUCAUCCCUCCUACUUUCAGCCCUCUUUAUGUGUGUGUGUGUGUGGGGGAUAUGCCAUACUAGUCAUAUAGUCAGCCCUGGGCUAGGGCUGGGCCUGGGUCUUCCCUUCUGUCCUAUUAAGCUAUGGAUACAUCCACAGCUUACAUCCUGUGUGAGCUGGAGAAUCUAUAUAUCUGGAGUUAUUGGAGGAUUUCUUUUUUAAAUACCACCCUCAUAAUGAUAAUCUUGUUUUAAAUUUUUGUUCAAAUUCUUGUUGAAGGUUGAUUUUAAAUAAGGAGCAGGGGAGCUGUUUUGCCACAAAUAACUGCAAAUGACAAGUAAUGAGAGUUUCUUUCUUUUUUCUUUUCUUCUUCUUCUUUGUGUGUGUGUGUCUGUCACAGGGUUAUUUCUAAAGUUAGAGAAUAUUGGUGGGUUCUAAUCAUUCUGCCCUUAACUCCUCCUUAGUACAAAGUGGAACACUCUCCUGCUGGAGACUGGAUGUAUGUAAAGAAUAUAUAGUUCAUUGUUUCUCUAUUAAAUUAUUUUUCAUACUUA